AUGAGCUCACCGGCGGAGCAUUCGUCCGGCGAGCCUUCGCAUGGCCACAACUGGCCGAACCCUGCCCUUCGCCACCCCAGGUUCAAUCUCGCCGAGAUGCCUGAUCCACCCCCAAGCUGGAAGUUCCUUGGGGAGUCUGCGGACGUUGUCCUCCGUACGCGCAAGUACGUACGCGAGCAAAUGGUAGCUAUGCUCGACUUUUACAGCUGGGGAAUCGACACGGGGAUGCCAUCGCGGCUGACCAAUUUGAGAAUUCUGCAAGCUCUGUGGAAGAUCUUUUAUUACACGGCAGACUAUCACCGACCUCGAUCUUUCAGAGACCUUCUAGACUUUGAAGGCAAAGAUGGUGGCCCGAGACUGUUGUCUUGUGAGAUCGACCAUCCCUCUCUCCUGCCCAUCAGCAGAUACUACCCUGAUCCCCCGGCGCUGGACGGCACCACGCAGCCCGACUUUGUCAGACCGGCGAAUGCUGCAGCGAAUAUUCCCGAUACCUAUCUUGAGCGAAUGAACAAGCCCAGUCGUGACUUGGACAUUGCCGAAGCAGAAACACUAGGGUCAAGCCCGCCCGCGGUGGGCACGAUGAACCUUGGAGGUAAUGACAAUACUGCUGCAUUUCAGAGCAACAACCAGACAACGGCCGUGGUUAGUGCAGCAGCUGGGACGUUCGCAAACCCACCGCUUACAGCCCCUGCCAACCCAACGGGCAUCUUUAUACCUGCACCCGCUCCUUCUGCGGUCGUCCGUGUGCCUGGUCACAUGGCUCGAGAUAUCAUUGAGGACGUUGAAAAAGUCGUCAUGAGAUAUGCCUACUUGGAGCUUGAACGAGACGCCAGCGCUGCCCCACAGACCGUCGCACGGCCAUAUCUGACCGCUCUGCAUGAAGGAGACAUAUCCAAAGCCAUUGUUGGACUGCACCAUGCAAUUGCCCAAGUACGGCUCUCGUUGGAUCCGCACGACCCUACCAGAACGAUUAUUGAUCCCACCGGCAAUGACUAUCCCUGCCGAGGCAGAGGCCCUAUCUGGAAAAACAACUCGAGCACCAUCGACAGUCUGAUUGUUGUGGGCAAAUUGCUGGAUGCUGGGUCCACGGUUAUCGAUCGUAACAAGGCUGGAUGGGAGACCCGCUUCAGUGCACUGGAGCGAGCCUUUAUCGAGGCCACUGACGUCAAUUGGGAUGUCCUGUCUUUGGACGAAAAUUCAGAAAUGAGAGACCACUUUUGGGAUGUCGUCCAGGAGCAUGUAGCAGGCGUUCAGCCUGGAAUGCUCAGCCCUUUGUGGACUGUCUGGACUGAUUGCGCAGGGCACUUUGACCAGUUCCAUUUCACCACAUACCAAAACCUUCGUGGCCCCCGACCUGCGUCCGGGGACAUGCAUGGGGUGUGCAUGAGCGAGGUGAUGGCCCGUCCGUUCGCGCCGCUUCUUCAUGCGGAUUGUACGGCAUGCAACGCACCACAAUCUGUGACCAUCGAGCGAAGGUUUGACACUCUUCCCCUGCGCAUGGUGGUGGGACUUGACGAGCAGGUCUCAAUCAAAAACCAUGCCAAGGACAUCAUCUUCGACUUUUGUGACGGCGAUGGUCAGCUGCAAAAGGCCACAUACCGUUGGUUGGGAGGUAUCUACUAUAGGGAUUACCGGUAUCGCGUGUUCUGGACGGACACCAAGAGAGGCGAGACCGACCAUGGCUUCCUCAAGAUGUAUGACAGUACAAUGAACUCGGGCCUGAUCAUCGGCGAUAUUCCACCAGCCCAUAAGGAUGAGAGGGUACCUCCUGAAUGGUGGAGAAACACCUCGGUGCCAUUCCUCGUUUACGAACGAGUCAUGGACCCGGAACCGGAAGUAUUCAGUCUUGCGUAUCACUCGUUGCUUGACAUGAUGAAGGUGAAAAUGGAGGGCAAACUGGUUGCCCAGGAGCAUACGCCCUGGACCAGAGCCGAGCCUACUCUUCCCACGCAGUCACCUCCCUGGGACCGAAUUUUGCCCAACGCAGACCGCUUCAAGCUUGCAACAGAUGGUGAGACAGAGGAACAGGAACAGAGCGUUAGUGUGCACAGUCAGACUUCCGUCAGCUCGGCUGGCCACUCGUCAGGCCGCUCGUCCGGCCCUGAUCUACCCUCCGCUCCAACAUCAGUCAGAUCUUCUAUGCGAGUAUCGCCCGUUCCAACAGGGAUGAAGCAGGCUGCAUACGCGCAGGCUCCCACCACAUACACCUCCGCAACACCAGCGACCAUCGGGCCGUUUGUCUCGACUUUUGCAACGGCGCAACCUGUAGGCGUGAACCCAUUCGAGAUCAACCCGCCAAUGAACACGACUAGCCUAUUCAGCGGCUUCAAUCGCAGAAGCAACAGCCCGCAGAACGCCUUCAGCAAUUUUGCCAAUUUCACAAACACGCUCAUGAUGCAGCCGACCGGCGACCCCAGCGCAAUGUCGAUUUCGCCCACGCAACAAUUCUUCUGGAUCCCAUCUGCGUCGAACAGCCCCGAGAAACAGAAAAAUCAGUCGUCACCGGACAUGAUGGCGGGAUUCGCGGUGUGUGGUGCCGUGCAGCCAAUUUAUAUGCGUGUGUCGCCGAAGCGAGCCAUCGAAGAGGUGCAGGACAAUAGCGUCAACAAUAAUCGCAGCGAAAGCAACAAUGUCAACGGUACUACGGGUGAUGGCGAUGGUGACAAUGGUACAGCAGACACUACGAUGGGACCGCCUCCUAGAAAAAGAGCACGAACUCGGGCUGAACGGACCGAACGAGUCGGUACCAGGAAAAGCGCAAGGCUCAGUAGAUGAUUUAGGUGAGGUUCUGCUUGUUCGUUUUGCUUUGGGUUGGAGUUUGCUAGCCUGUUGCAGCU